GGUGAAUGUUUUGGUUUGUUUGUGUUUUUUGGCUUCUGUGUUUCCGUUGUGUGUGUGAUUAUUUGUGGUUUCUAUUUCGACCUAAAGUGAUUCUAAUUUUGAUUAAAAAUUAUCUUUCAUCGCAAGUGGCUUCAAUACCCCAACCCAAACAACGACGAAAUUUUAUUCAUUUUUUUUUGGUUUUUCGUUUGUUUUCCAGUUAAUUUAUCAACUAAUUUAACAGUAUAUAUAUUUUUUUACGUGAAAAACCCCGGUUAAAAUAUAAACAUUACGACCAUUACGACUAUAACACAUAUCUGUGGAGCAAUGGGUUGUGCUAUGUCCGCUGAAGAGCGGGCAGCUCUUGCACGCUCAAAACAAAUUGAAAAAAAUCUUAAAGAAGAUGGUAUACAAGCGGCCAAAGAUAUUAAAUUAUUAUUACUUGGUGCUGGUGAAAGUGGGAAAUCUACAAUCGUAAAGCAAAUGAAAAUUAUUCAUGAUUCUGGUUUCACAACUGAAGAUGUAAAACAAUAUAAACCAGUUGUCUAUUCAAAUACAAUACAAUCGAUGGUUGCAAUUUUACGUGCAAUGCCUAAUCUAGGUAUAUCAUUUGGUGGACAAGAUCGUGAAUCAGAUGCAAAAAUGGUAUUCGAUGUUGUAUCAAGAAUGGAAGAUACUGAACCAUUUUCGGAUGAUUUAUUAGCCGCUAUGAAAAGGUUAUGGUUAGAUCCUGGUGUACAAGAAUGUUUUGGCCGUUCAAAUGAAUAUCAGCUAAAUGAUUCUGCCAAAUAUUUUCUAGACGAUCUAGAUCGUUUAGGUAAAAAAGAUUAUAUGCCAACUGAACAAGAUAUAUUAAGAACACGUGUAAAAACUACCGGUAUUGUUGAAGUACAUUUUUCAUUUAAAAAUUUAAAUUUUAAAUUAUUUGAUGUUGGUGGACAACGUUCGGAAAGAAAAAAAUGGAUACAUUGUUUUGAAGAUGUAACCGCUAUUAUAUUUUGUGUUGCAAUGUCCGAAUAUGAUCAAGUAUUACAUGAAGAUGAAACAACGAAUCGUAUGCAAGAAUCAUUAAAAUUAUUUGAUUCAAUUUGUAACAAUAAAUGGUUUACCGAUACAUCAAUAAUAUUGUUUUUAAAUAAAAAAGAUUUGUUUGAAGAAAAAAUUAAAAAAUCUCCAUUAACAAUUUGUUUUCCUGAAUAUACAGGCGCUCAGGAAUAUGGUGAAGCAGCAGCAUAUAUACAAGCACAAUUUGAAGCUAAAAAUAAAUCAACAACAAAAGAAAUUUAUUGCCAUAUGACCUGUGCAACUGAUACAACAAAUAUACAAUUUGUAUUUGAUGCUGUUACCGAUGUUAUCAUUGCCAAUAAUCUACGUGGAUGUGGAUUGUAUUAGUCAAAAACAAAACAAAACAAAAAACAAACAAACACUUCAAAAAACAGAAAUUCUUAAUUAUCAUCAUCAAACUGACACACACCAAACAAAUCGACCAAAAAACCAUUACAUACUUACAUACAUACAUUACACCUGGAAACAAACACCUGGAGAAUCCGUUUCAUUUUUUGUUUUUAAUUUUUCUCUUGAAUCGAUAAUAAUGAUGUCCAAAUGAAUUUUUUCUAAUUUUAUUUUGAUCGCCAUCUCAUUCAAUUAUCUCUGCCUGUGUAUGUUUUGUUUUUCUUUUGUUUUUUGUUUUUUGUUUCUUCCUUCCUGAUUCUUACCGCAUACAUCGACCCACCAUAAACACACAUCAACAGCAACAGCAACAACACUUUAAAAGUUCAUCCAUGAAGUUUAUCAUGUUGUUGUUGUUGUUGUUUUUUCUAUAAAAUAUAUCGCAAUGCGAUAAUGAUAUUAAUAAUAAUAAUAAUAAUUGUCACUUAUAACCUGAACCGAAAAACAAAACCGCAAAAACGCA